AUGGAGAUCCCACAACUCGGUUUCGGUACAUAUCUCGCCAAUGAUCCAGCAAAACUCAAAGCUGCACUUCAUUAUGCUAUUGAAGAAUGCGGUGUCAGACACAUUGACACAGCUUUUGCUUAUUUUAAUCAAAAUGUUAUUGGUGAAGUACUCAAAGAAAUCUUCGCAAAAGGAAAGAUAAAGCGUGAAGACAUGUUCAUCACAACAAAGUUAUGGUGCACACAUUGGAGAAAAGACCUUGUUGAAGCAGAAUUACGUUAUGAUUUAAGUCAAUUGCAGCUUGACUAUGUUGAUCUCUACAUCAUUCACCAGCCAAUUUCAUUACAAUCACGUGAUGUAAAGGAUACAACAAUUAUUCCAACUGAUGCAAAUGGAAAGAUCAUAAUCGAGCAAAUCGAUGUUCUUGAUACAUACCAUGCAAUGGAAGAAUGUGUUAAGAAGGGAUUAACAAGACAUAUUGGUGUUUCAAACUUCUCAAUCGAGAUGCUUGAAAGAAUUUGGUUCAAUUCCGAGAUCAAACCUUGUUAA